AUGGACACCUGGCGCUUCCUCGUUCUGGCCAGCGCGGCCGCUGCUGUGCUGGUGUGGCACUGGCAUCUCACACAGGCGGACUUCAAGACCUGGAUCCGGCACCUAACACGCACGACGCGAGCCUGGUGGAAGGGCGAUGCCGACCUCAGUCCAAUGGCCAUGCGAGUCGAAGAGGAACUUUGCCGUGUUCGCCUGUCGAUGUUCUUGACCUUCCUUCGGCUGUUCAUUCGCCCCGUGAUGGUCCUGAUGUUGGUGUCUGUCGUGGAGUUGGUGCGCGAACCCAGCUUCUGCUGUGGAGGUUGGCUUUUCACCUUGUCGCUGAUUGUUGUAUGCUAUGGUGUUGUGGUCAACAAUCAGCUACCUUGCAAGUCUUUGCAUAGUUUUCACGCAUUUUUCAGCAUCAUCAACAUGGUGGCCACGAUCAGCAGUGGCUGCGGCAGCAAGGACGACUUCUUGGGCCGGUUUGGCAUGGUCAUCGGAGCGCAGGUCCUGCAUGGAAUACUUUUUCCAGCAGGUGCAAUGACGGUGGUGUAUUCGGUACUCCACACGGUUCUCUACAUCUGGGCCACAGCACAGGUUCACGGAAAGAGCGGCUUGAACCUAUGGUUGCUUGUGUUCCACAUCGCUUUCCAGACCUUGGUGUGCAACGUCGUGCCGUUCCUCUUGGAGUUCACUCUGCGGGAGUGCAUCUCGGCGUCGUUUCAGUCUAAGGACUCAGAUUCUCUGAUCUCCGGCUUUCGCCAGAUGCUGAAAGGCAUCUGCGACGGAGAGCUGCUGGUGGACAGCAAGUUCCGGAUCUCCGGCAGUGCACCGUGCCUUCAAAGGCUGCUGGCAAGCAAGGAGGAGUUUGCCGGGCGAAGUUUUCGGGAGCUCAUCGAUGGCAAAGAGGCGCAAGAGAAGUUCGAUGGGUUCCUGUUGCCCGCUGUUCAGGAGGAUGACAUGAAAGACGAUCGGUCCAACGAAGGUGCUCCACGCUGCCUGCGUGUGCCGCUGAAAGCCCCUUCGGGCCAGGUUGUUCCUGUCGAUGUCUUCCACGUCACGCUACCACGCUUCCUCUACGGGGAGAAAGCCACCUACCAUCUGCUGGCGCUGACCGAGGACGUCGAUUCCCGAAUGCAGCUAGAGGCCGACCCGACAUCUCCGAACGACCCCGCCUCCCUCGAGGCAUUGCCAAACAGUUUGCUGGCGUCUCGACACUCGCCGGCCGCAUCUGCCAGCAGCACGGAGACGCAGCUGGAGUGCUACGACGAGCUGGCGGAGAUGACGCUGCUGUUGAAUGCAAGCACGGAACUCCUGGACAUCGAAGAGGCCCACCUGCGAUUCGUGCGCCAUGGCAACGAGCCCGAGGUCCGGAUGGGCAUGCCCACGCUGAAGCGCUUUGCACGGCCGCUGGACUGGGCCGGCAUCGACGGCACCCUCCGCCGCUAUGCGCGCCAGGUGCGGAAGGCCUCUGCCCGCGGCCAGGAGGCGGUGGAGAAGAAGGCGCUGCCGCCCUUGGUGCUUCGGCUGCCUGGCGAAACGAGGAAGCACCUCCUCGCAAGGUCCCUGACCAUCAGCUCCCCCUUCGAACGCAAGGGGUCGCAAGAGCCCAUCUACCUCUACCUGCACAUGAUGGAUUUUCAGGGCCCGGCGCGGCCAACGCUCAGGAGCCUGGAGGGUCUCGAUGAGGCGGCGGCCGUGGCUCCAGAGGAGCGCGCUCAAAGUGUACAGACUGAACACAACAUCGGGGAGGCUCGCAGACCGAGCCAUCUUCCUGCUGCUGGCACUGUGCACCGACGCCGAAGUGAAAAGAAAAGCGUCGAUGCGUCCAUGUUCUUGAAAGCCAGCCCCCGCAUUGGUGGCGGCAAGACGUUAACGUAUCUUGUGAGUGCUAGUCUCGCAGACCUGGUAUAA